AUGGAUAUAUUUAAUGAUGAAAUUGAACAGUUAUAUUUUGCAAUAACGAUUGAUUUAAUUAAUAUUUGUAUUGAUGAAUUUGAGACAAAGCCACCGUUACAUCUAGCAGCUGCACAAAACCAUCCCGAAUCAUUAGAAAUUAUCAAUAUUUUAUUAGAUAAUGGUGCUGAUCCCACAUUAAGGGAUGCCAAUGGAUGCAGUGCUUUAUUUUAUUCAGCUACUUCAGGCCAUUAUCAGAUUUGUGAAAGAUUAAUAGAUGCCGGUGUUCCAGUGAAUACAUGUUGGGUUGAAUCAACCAACAAUGAUGCUCCUUCGUUUCAAUCAGAAAAUUGUGGUCGAACACCUUUACAUCAAGCAGUUAAAUUCGGUUAUACAGAUAUUGUUCGUUUACUAUUGGAUAAUGGGGCAAUUGUUAACGCAAUCGAUAGUGGGGGGAACUCUCCAUUAUUGCUGGCAGGAUCAUCAGAUUUUAAUUUUGAUUGUACGAAAUUACCACCGUAUGAUGCAAUUGUGGAAUUGCUUUUAAAUGCAAACGCUGAUGUAAACAUCCAAAAUAAAAUCACUUAUGCAACCCCAUUGCAUAAUGCUGUGGCCUUACAAAAUCUGCAUGUGGUAAAAUUGUUAUUGAAACAUGGUGCGCGAAUUUUACCAACAAAAAAUGGUUACACACCAUUACAUGACGCUGCUGGACUUGGAUGGGAACAGGGUGUCAGCGCAAUGGUUGCUGUAUGUAACGUAAAUACAAUCAAUUAUCGUGAUAAACAUGGACGGAUACCAUUACAUCGUGCAGCAAUGUCUGGAUCGCGUGAAUGUGUUUCAAUUUUAUUAGAAAAUGGUGGUGAUCUAUCAGCGAUAUCGAAUGCAAAUAUGAGUGUUGCGGAUAUUAUUUUUGCACAUAUCAGUCGACCUGUUUUCUAUUUAACUGAUAUUUUAGAUAAACAAAUUACGUGUAAUCAUACAAAUAUCGAUAAUUCAGAUUAUCGAUUAAAAUUAGAUUUUAGAAUUUUAAACCCAGCCGGUAGUACGAAUCAAAUGGCAGUCGUAAAAUCAUUUUUAACAGCUGGGAAUGAAUUACAACGAAUGAAAAUUGUUGAACAUCCUUUAAUUGAGGCAUUUUUACGCUUAAAAUGGAAUCGUUUACGAUUUUUCUUUUAUCUAAUACUAAUUGGACAUUUAAUAUUUGUUAUAAAUUUUUCCAUUUUCUGUUGUCUCAUAACUGAGCCAGUUAUUGAUCGACGAACUUUAGCUUUAACAAUUUAUAUUAUGUGGAUUUUUGGGAUAUUAUUCUGUGCUAAUUGUUUCAUUCAAGGAAUGGUUUUUCCAAGACAAUAUUUACAAAAACAUGAAUCAUACAUGGAUUUAAUAUGUACUACAAGUACAUUAUUAUUAGCAAUUUUCACACCAAUUACUGAUAAUAUUAAUGAAAUUCCAAUAUGGAUUUAUCAUGUUGCAAGUAUAGCAGUACUUUUAAUUUGGAUACAAUUAAUGCUGUUAAUUGGACAUUUACCAGCAUUUGAAUAUUAUGCGUUAAUGUUUUCAUUAGUAUUUAAAAAUGUUUUAAAGGUGUUAAUGACGUACAUAUGUUUAAUAAUGGGUUUUAUAUGGAGUUUUACUGUAUUAUUUUAUCGAUCGAAUGAAUUUGAUAAUAUUUGGAAAAUUGUAUGCCGGAUAUCGGUCAUGUUAAUUGGUGAAUUAGAAUACACAUCAUUGUUUUCGGAUGUCGAUAACCGGUUACCAAUUACAUCGGAUAUAGUGUUUUUAGUAUUUUUAGGAUUGGGGAAUAUUGUUUUUAUGAAUGUAUUAUUUGGAUCAGCAAUUUCGAAUAUACAGACACUGAAAAAGGAAAGUGCUGUACGAAGUAAUGAAAAACAAGCAGAAUUCUUACAACACAUGGAGACUGUAACAUCCAUUAAAUUUUGUAAUAAUCAAUUUUUUAAUUCAAUCAAACGUGUAUUACACUUAAGUAGUGAUGUUAAUAGUAUUGUUACAUUAUCGUUAAGUAAUAAUGAUAAUAAAUUGUAUGAUACAAAUCAAUUACCUGAUUCAAUUCUAGAUCGCUUAGUGGACAUUUCGUUACAAAAUAAUCGAAGGGCAUCACAGCCACAACCAAAUAUAGAGGAUGAUAAUUUAUCAGAAAAUGAUGAAAGUUUUAAAUAUCAGUUGCAGUGUAAAUGA